GCUGCCGGUCUUCUGGCCCAAUUUACAUAAUGACGGAGAGUUUGAUAAUCUUUACAGCUGCUGGGAUUAUUGACUGGCUCACAGGGGAAAGCUUGUCCUGAACUCCUGGUCUGGCUUUGAGUCACCAGCCCCAGGUUAGAAUGAAACUCCUGCUCACUUACUUCUUUUGGUUCGGCUUGAGCGUCAUUGCUGUGCAAGAGGGCGUCCGUGCAGAGGAAUGCCUCUUUGAGAAGAUGGAUGAUGGAGAUGCCAGCUUUUGCAGCGGGGGGUUAGAAGUUUUCUAUCCAGAACUGGGAGAUGUUGGCUGUUCCUAUAUCCCAAAGUGCAACCAGUACUGGAAACGGAUCAGCAAGGAAUGGAAGAGCCCACAUGUCAGAUACCAGAAGGCAGACAAGAAAAAACAGUAUGUUCUGCUCAUGGUAGAUCCAGAUGCCCCUAGCCGAGCAGAUCCAAAAUUCUGUUACUGGAGACAUUGGCUUGUCACCAACAUCCGUGGGGCUGACCUGAAGAGGGGGAAGGUGCGAGGCCAUGUUUUGUCAGACUACAUACCACCUACUCCACCACCUCAAAGUGGAUACCAUCGCUAUCAGUUUCAAAUCUAUGAACAGCCAACACACGAAGUCAUAUCCUUAAGCACAGAAGAAAAAGCAUCUCCAGGUUCUUGGAAAAUGGAGGAAUUUGUGGAUCAUUUUCGUCUGGGAGCACCCGUGGCCUCAACCCAAUUCCUCACUAAGAGCUACAAAGGCUAGCAGUGGCAAUAAAAUCCCCUGCUAUGAAAUGCUUUGGCUUUUAUCCUCUCCCCGCUUAAUAGUUAAUAGUCUCUUUUCAUUCAGCACUAACUUGCCAAUUAAGAAAGCUGCACAGUGCUCACUUUGAUUUGCAAUCUGUAGAUUCUAGCUUCUUUCUACAAAGUUGCCCAGUGGCAUGAAGAAGAUGCUGUUGGCAGCUCCAGCUCUUCAGAAGUUCAACUGCUCAUAACAGCCACACAGGCCUAACUGUGUGCCUCGGAUUCUUUUUUCUAUGUAAGUGGACGCAUGGGCAACAGUCCUGCCAAACAUGUGUAACAUUCAUACUAACAUGCACACCCUUUCCCCUGCACCAAAGUUGCCAAGGAUGGGUCCCUCAUCUAAAAUUAUAGCUGUGCAAAAUUUUCUCUUUCCUGUGGUAAAGCUGCUUGCACGGAAGACUGUGCAGUUCAAAAAUGCUAUUCUUCUCUGGGCCAAGCUACAUGUUACACAGAUCCAUGAUAGUAUUCUUCUAAAACUAGAAAAGUUGUUUUGGGAGAGAGGGGGACUAGAUCAACUAGAUCAGGGCCACAUUGCUGGGACAGAAAGGCUUAAUCCUUCUCCCUACUUUGUUUCUUCAAUAAAAGCAUGUGUCUGUGUA